AUGCUCGAGCUACAGCUUCCCAAUCCGAUGCCUCACGCCCUCCCGAGGGAGCGUCCUUUCGACUUCUACGCCCCCUCCCGCUCAUCCUUGAAGAUGGAUGCCACCCGCCAGAUGCAGCUGCCCAUGCCGCAGUUCAACGGCCACCUCGGGCUCGAUGCUCUGAGGUCCACGCAAAGGGCCCAGCCGCUCACGCCAUCUUCAGACUUUCCCGGCUCCGCAGUAAGAGUGGUCUCUUUGCCGUCAACAGAAGGCACCGGCCGAGAGUAUGGAUACCAGUUGCCUGCCAUCGGCAACUCACGAACAGCAACAUCACAAAGCCCGACAAGACAGGCUCAGCAAUCCGUGCAAAGCAUGGCGCCUCAGCAACCCGUACAAAACGUUGCACAACGGAAGAUUUCAGCUAACCUCAGGGUGCCGGCCUCGAUCAGCACACCACAGGAGGGGCUGCCGCAAUUAGCCGCCGAGGUGACGUGCCUUUUCUGGUUCGAAAGCUCGACGGUCUUGAAACAGGUCCUAGAUGGCAACUCACCCAGGAUGCCAAUCCAGCCUCUUUCGCCAGAUGCUAUUCCGACGACUGGCUUCAGGAAAUGGGUGACUACCAUUCUCACAACCACCCAGGUCGCACAGAACGUGAUUCUCUUGGCAUUGCUAUUCAUAUACCGAUUGAAGCUCACCAACCCAACGGUGAAGGGAAAACCGGGCAGCGAAUACCGCCUCUUGACCGUGGCUUUGAUGUUGGGCAACAAAUUUCUCGAUGACAACACAUACACCAACAAGACGUGGGCCGAGGUUUCGGGCAUCUCCGUACAAGAAGUCCAUGUCAUGGAGGUGGAAUUUCUCAGCAAUAUGAGAUACAGCCUGUUCACCUCACAGAAGAAGUGGGAAGAGUGGCAUAUCAUCCUCGGGAAGUUCGGAACCUUUUUCGAUCGAGCGUCCAAAGUACCGCCGCCCAGUGCCAUCAGCCCAGUCGACGCGUUCCCCGCUCAGCUCGCUCAUCCAAAUUUUGUGCCUUCACCUCCCACGUCUCAACAGCCAUCCCCCCCGGUGCAGAUGCUGUACUCUCCAUCGCACAGCCAAUUCUCCCACGCCCCGCUUUUGCAACCGCAAGCUACGUCGACUGCCGUGUCUCCGAUUGGUCCUCUACCGGAAUUGGGUCCCAUUCAACGCAAACGCAGUUCCGAUUACACGGUGGAGCCGCCACCAAAGAGACAUGCUCAUGGAUUUGCUCCAGGUCCUUACAGCAACGCACCGCUAAUCCCCACGCUGCAAGCGCCCGUCAACCGAUCCUUCGAGCCGCCUCCAUCGAUGAACAGGCUUCCGCCGCUACCCAGUCUAUCUAUUCCGGCCCCGCAGUCCAACCCCCCUAUGCAAGUCAAGAACUGGUCAGACCUCCCGCCAUCCGUGCCGGGAACUCGGUCCAUGGCUAUGGUCUACCCUCCUCCAGUCCAGUGGCAGCAACCUGUCAGCACGCCGACUUCGACAGCCCCUUCUUCCAUUUACUCUACGCAGACGCCAACAACAGAGAGGUCACGUCAAGUCAGCCCUUAUCCGCCCUCCGCCGGGUCUUCGCCUACUAGUGCAACCUAUCCUGUUGCCGGGCAGCGGCAACUAUCUCCGUCGUACUUCCUCAACCAGCGGCAGUCUCCGUACCGCCCGGUUCGUGGUGUUCACACGCUGCUCGUGCCUCCGCCGUCGACUUCGAUGCACAACCCGGCCCGCAACAUUGCAUAUGAUCAAAUGCAGUAUCAGCCACUUGGCCGCCCUACAGCCGACCGUCGUUCCGGACCCCUUCCUUACAUGGAUCAUGGCGCAUGGCCUGAGGUCAAUCAAUUCAACCAACUGCCUGUUCCGCAGCAGCCCAUCUUCCGUUGA